CCAGGCUUUAGCUGGUGGGCGGAUCUUAAGUUUACCAUCUGAAAGCUCCAGGCUUCAGAGCUCAGUGAAGUUUUUCAGCUCCUGUGUGUUUAGAGACUGUAGCUUUAGCCAGUUAGCUCUCAGUUUUCUGAAGUGUUGAGGGCGUGUUAUAACCGGUAUGGUGCUCGGAAGCUGUUGGUGUUGGUUGUCAGGUAGCUGAAUAACGCUCUCUUGCUUCAGCAGCUGCUUUAUUUGCUUUUAAAUAUUGUUUAUUUUAAUUUUAGCCAAUCUUAGCUAACAGCUAAGCUAGCAAAGUGGGACACGCGGCACUGUUGCCAUGGAGACCGCAAGGACGCCCUGAUUCGGUGCUGGCGCACGCAGGGAGGAGGAACCGCCGCGAGACCUUCAUAUUUAUCGGUUUCUGGAGGAAAAAAGAGCAACAUGCCAUUUUACAACAACGUCUACUACCCUCUUCCGCCGGAUCCCCAAGGGGCUCAUUCAUCAGCAGGGAUCCCUUCUCUGCUGAGCUCCCCCCAAAGCAUACCAUCCUCAGGCUCUCAGAACAGACCCACAGCCUCAGCCAUGUCUGGAGUCCUAAGCUGUGGGACUGCCAACGCUCCUUCUGCUGUUGUGUCUUCUUCUGCUGCUUCUUCCCUGCCUCCACCAUUCAAGUUUCGUGCCCGUCGUGAGAGUGUGGACUGGCGUCGGAUCAGCGCGCUUGAUGUGGACCAAGUGGCCUCCACUUUAGACUUCCAGACGCUGCAGGACCACAUCACAGCGGUGACAUUCUGCAACAUAGAAGGGGAGAGAUGCCCCCGCUGCCAGAGCCCAGUGGAUCCAGCCCUGCUCAAGCUCUUCAGGCUGGCCCAGUUCACUGUGGAAUACCUGCUGCACUCCCAGGACUGCCUGACCCUCAGCCUGCAGGCGGCCGAGGAGCGCGUCCAGGCCGAGGUGCAGGAAAGAGAGCAGCUCAGAGCACAGCUGCAAAAACAGACCCAGGACGCAAAAUCUUUGAAGGAAGAGCUGAAGCAGAGGAAGAAGAUCAUUACUUCACAGCAGUCCAUGAUCACUGCAGGCAUGGCCAAUUACCAUAAGUGCCACCAUUGUGAAAAAGCCUUCAUGAAUGCCUCUUUCCUGCAAAGUCACAUGGAGCGCAGACAUCCGGCUGAAUAUGACAUCAAACUGCUGAACGAUAAUCAGAAGAAAGUUCAGACGAUGAAGUUACAGGAAGAGGUUAACAGACUGCAUGAACAGCUGACCAUGGCCAGGUCCCAGAUGGAGGCGCAACAGAAAGACCAUUCUGCCAAGCAGGAGAAGGAUUUAACUCAGAGACAUGAGGAGUUUAUGAAACAGCUGGAAAUCUGGAAGGAGGAUGAGCGGGUUCGCAUGAACAGCAAAAUAGAUGAAGUCAAGCAGGCCUGUCAGAGAGAUAUGGACUCUUUGCACCAGAGGAAUAGAAAUCUAGAGAAAGAAAUACUGAAAUUGCAGCAGAGCAGUCGAGCACAGGACACACAGAGUAUACAGGCACAGGUGAAUUCAGUGCAGAACAGUGAGAGCCAGCCCCUGCAGGAGGUCCUUCAGCUUCAGGAGAAACUCCACAAACAGGAAAUGAAGUGGACCACUAAAAUGCAAAAAAUGAAGGAGGAAUAUGAGAAGAGCCAGCUUCAAGCCCUGCAGGCCAAUUCUAGCCGGUCUGAUCGGGAGGCGGAGAUGCAGCAGCAGAUACAGGAGCUGAAGCUCAUGGUUCAGGAGCAGCAGCGGACCAGCCUCUCCAGCAGCAAGCAGAAAAGGCAGACCUCUUCAAAUCCACCUAUUGCAGUAAUACAACAGGAAGUGAUUGUUCCACCAGCUCCAGAGCCCAAACCAAAAGUGGUAGUCAGUGAGCAGUCCAGCUCGGUCCAUAAAUUGGAUCCGAUAAUGGAGCUGUCUGAGGAGGACAAAGAUUCCUCCAGCAUCUCAGAACAUCUUCCUGACACUCAGUCAUUACAGCAGAAGAAAGAGGAUCUUUUGAGGAUGCCCGGCCUCAAGAGGGACAUGAGAGUAGCUGUGCAGCAAACCCUCCAGGACAAACUGCUGAGUUUAGGCAUUCAUCCUGGUGCUGGUGAGCUCUCUAAGACAGCAUAUAAGAGUGCCAUAACCCAGUUGGCUACUGAGAGGCAGCAGAGGCAGGGGAAAGAUCCAGUAUACCGCAAGGUGCAGAAGGAGGUUAUGGGAAAUCUGGAGCAGAAGCUUAAAGGAAAGAAAACUACACCACCCCCCAAACCCAGACAGAUAGUACAAGCUGUAAAAGUAGUUCAAUCCAGGCCACGAUCUAGUAGUUUACCCUCCACAACCACCAAAGCAGCCUCAGGCCGUCCCCCAGGACAACAGCACACACCCCAAACAGCACAUCGGACUGGAACGCUCAUAAAGACCUCCACACCAAAACUACAUCAGAAUAGAACUCCUCCAUUCAGUUCAGAUGAAGACUCUUCAGAGGUAGAGGAGUCUGAGGAAGAAUCUCCUCAGGCACAGAAAGUUUCUCACACCAGAGGCCCUCAGGUGAACUCCACCACAGUGAAAUCUCUGCCUCGCUCUUCCCUGAAGCCAGUAAGCUCCCCUCAGGCUCCACCCGCACGCUCUGCAGCCCAGCGCUCUGGAGUUCAGCAGACUCCUGUGGUCAGUGUGAGCAGAACGGAGGUGAGCGCAGUGGAGAGUGAGAGCGAGUGGACUGAGGGCAGUGAAAUGGAGGAGAUCACUCUGGAACAACUGCAGAAGAGCACCGACCAGAAUGGAAAUGUGCAGAAGAUUCCUCACAGUAGUGUAAAAGUCCUGGCCAAGAGGGUGGAGCAGCAGCUCACAGAGCGAGGCCUGAAAAAACCAGCAGGAGGAAUUAACACCGUCCCAGCGAAACAUACAGAAGCUCUCAACACAAACAACGUGGUGCAGAAACUGAAGUUCACAGAGAUUAAUAAUGACGAUGAUGAUGAUGACUGGGAUAUCUCCUCUCUGGAGGAUGCUCCUGCUGCUGUUAAGCCCAGCCCCGCCCCUGUGAGGAAGAGCACAGACAAGAGCAUGGACUCCAGCACCAGUGUGUGGGACACAUCCACAGGCAAAGGACAGAAGCCAGGUCUGAAGGACGCAGGUACAGGCAGCACUCUGAAGAGCAGUAUUGUGACAGUCAGUGAUUGGGAUGAUUCAGAUGAGUUUUAAACACUAGUAUUAAAAACUGAACACAGAUAUACCAAAAAAACACUUCACACGCAAUAAACAUUCUUAAUGCUGGUUAUUACUGAUAACUUCUCAGAGAUUCUGGGCUAAUCUACUGUUUUCACACACAGAUACAUGGCAGUGUAACACUCUGGUGUAGCAACAGUCUAUUCAGGGUAAUAAAUAAAGCAAUAAAUAUUCAGUUUAUAUAUAUGAAAAUCUGGAUAUAUUCAGUGUUGAAUAAUUAAUUUUACACUUUUUUAAUUGAUUUUGCACUUUUACAUGUACUUUUAGAUUUUUAAAAAGAGUUUAUAGUUUGAUAUUGUUUUUUAAAGAAACACGUGUCAUUAAAUGUUCAUAUAAUGAAAUAAAGCUUUUUAUGUAAGAUUGUA